GAGCCUGUUUUUAUUGAGGGAACCAACAUCUCGCUCCAGACAGAGGAAGAUAUUGCGCGCUGGAUAGCUGAGCGUCGGAAGAAAUGGCCCACUAGGAAAAACGUCGAGGCCAAAACACAAGACCAAAAGGAGAAGGCACCAGAAAAAGAGCAGCUGCUGUCCAAACUGAAUAUUUGCAAAUUUUACGCGAGAAACAAGCGAUGCAAAUUCGGAACCAAAUGCAGAAACGUGCAUGAAUCGGGCACGGGUCAGAAUCACCAAGCAACGGCAUCCCAAAACACCUCUUCCACGCGCAAAAUGAUAAAUGGUGUGCUCGUGAACAUCCCACAGCGAUACAAGAAAGAAGUCCAGGGGGCUGGCUCCCUCUUCACCAAGCUUGUGCAGCGGGACUUGUAUGAGCACGAGAACAACGUGAUUGUUGACUUCAUUCAAUAUCUCGAUUCACAGGGCGUGAUCAACCACGAUGUCACA